CAGCAGCGAAAACCGCAGCGAGAAUACCUUCCAUUUUAGGGCCAAACGCUCUCUAGUUUAUCAUGAAUUUAUGACUCAUGGAAUCCUCUUGAGUGGCUAAAUCGUCGAUAAAAGAAGGUCUCAGGAUGGCGAGUAUUUAUUUGCCUCCGAUCGCCCGCAAAAAGAAGGUAGACGGCUACCCACGUCAGGACACCUCCAGGGUUUUUGCUGAUCUGCAAGGAGAUAAUUCCCCUGGUAAAACAAGUUACAAUGCACAUUACACAGGGCGUGCAUUACAGUUAUCUACCCAACAGAGUGUGACAGCUGGACCAAAUAACAAACCCCACCCAACUAAUGUGACAUUUCUGCGCCAGAAUCCAAGAUUUAUCUGUGAGCCAAUCUGUUAUGUCAAAACAACUGUUGAUACCCAAGAAACGCAUCCAUCAUGGUGGCCAGAUGAACUGCCUGAAAAAUCAACCAAGGUGCCUCAACAUAGCUUUGAUUCAACUGCACGAUAUGAUUAUCGACCUCCACCCUUCCCUCAUGAGCGAUCAAUGAUGCACAGUGGUAGUCUAGCCAUGCAAGGAACUCCAACAACAAAUGGGAUCAUUUCUCAAGCUGUUCUCAAGACUGGAUGUAAAAUGCCAAAGGUUGUAGAGAAAAUCUCUUACGAACAUCAGUUUAAUUCAAGAUUGGACCCCAGCCAUCCGAUAAGGGGACGCAGACAUGGAAGUUUUAUAUGGAAAGUUGUGUCUGAUGUAGGCAAACAAAAUAGAAAAAACAGCAAACCUGUUGAGUAUGCCUACAGAGAAGAUGAAUCAGUAGACAUAAAGACCACCCAGUUCACAGCAGAAAACAAUGCCAAAGAUGAACAAACCACAGAAUUGAACAAAUCUGAUGAGACACAACCUUCUACUAAUGAAAGUUGAAUUUUUGUUUAAAUUGAAGUUACUUUAUUAGUAACAAAGACAAAUAUUUGAUUGCAUUUUUUAAAAAGUUUGUAUAAUUUGCACAAUGGUUGUGGUAUCUGUAUAGCAGGUUACAAAGUGUUUCCUUGCAUCCACAGCCCUAAAUUUUAGCAACAUUUUUUUUAUUUUAUUAUCUUUUUAUUAUUAUUAUUGUAUGGCUACGUACUGGAACAGAUAUUUCCUUCAUAUUUAUAAUAACAACAUGCAAGCUUGUUAGUUAAAAAAGUAUUAAAUCUGGCAUUUAAAAUGCA